AUGCACGUCGCGGUUGCUGCAAGUCGAGCUGCGUCGUCGUCGUCGUCGUCGUUACCAAUGAAAACUUUGCAGCAACAGGAAUCCGAGCCACUGCCCGGCAAUUCCACUCCUGCAAAUGCACCUGAAUCGGCAGCUGCAGACCUGUCCUUGUUUCUACAAGCUUCUUUCGACGCAUCCACCUAUGUCUCUUCUCUCCUCGCCGAGGUCGACACCACUUUCACUUCGAGCAGCAAGACAACGGCCGAGCCUCCCACACCAACGUGUUCUGGAAGACAUUUACAAGUCAUCCCCACUUCACCAACUGCUACACGCACUUCCAGUAUCUCACUAUCACCUCUCACCCCGACGUACACUCGGAACCCACAAGAUGCUCAAGAUCCUUCUGCGAGAAAACGUGAACAGGCUCAGGAAGAUCUCGACCUGGCCCUCGCCAUCUCGCGUCUGAAUUUAGCGAUCGAAGAAUUGGACCGAUCCAUCUCUACUCAAGUUGCUGCACAUGCACCGCAGCUGUUAAAACGCACAUCAAAGCUCUCGCUCAUGCAAGCAGGUGUAGCAGAAACAAGGGAGGGAAUCCAAAGUCUAGAGGAAGAAGUGGCAAGGUUGAGGGCGAAAGUGCACGAUCCGUUCAGCCGGCUGGUCGAGUUGCAGGGAGAGUUCAAGGUGAUGGAUAGUGCGAGUGAGUUGGUCGCGCGGACGAGAAGCGUGGUGGCGUUGGCGCGCAGAUUGGAGAGCCAGAUGGAGGUCGUAUUCGCAAGGAAGGACGUGUCGAGCAAGAAAGAUCGAGAGGCCGAGACCGAAGGUGAAGACGCGGUCGUAGGUCUGGUUCACGGUAAAGAUCUUUCCAGAGCCGCACUGCUCGUGGCUGAAAUCACCACACUUCUCGAUGCCGAACGUCAACAAGACGGAUCAAAAGCGUCGCUGCACGACGUUAGACUCAUUCAAGAUCUCAUCCCGACCGUGGAAAGUGCACGCAAAACCAUCGUCGACUAUAUGGAAGACAUGAUCGUCAGCGGCUUACGCGAUCUCUCCCCACUCAUGCUUUCCUCGUCGCUCCAAACCGCAUUCAACCUCGGCAUGCUGCCCACGCUGGUUCAAGAUCUGCUCAACGACUUGACAGAGGUGGUCAAGCAACGCACCGCGGCAGCAUUUGAUCUCGACUCGAUCUCACGACAGCUCAACCUGCCGCUUCCAACACUCGAUGCUCCCACUAUGCCUUCGUAUUCGGCCUAUCGUGGUGGACGUCGAGCCACCAACAACACCAACGAAGAAGAGCUUCGACAACUUCACCGACAAACACAGCAAACGUGGUGCGACGCCAUUUGGACCAAGCUCGAAUCGCUCAUCGUCACCGAGAUGGGCGCAGUAUGUAGCAAAGUGUACCUGCUGGAAAAAGUGCUCAAGCUGAAAAGCGAUACGGAAUCUGGCACCAACUUGCUAACUGCUGCGCUCGAGGUGUUGGGCGAUAGGCCGACUUACACGUUCUGGCUGACGUUUGCCCAGAGUUUGCAAGAGCAGCUACAGCUGGCAAGUGGUAAAUCGACUUGGUUGACACACACGCUAUCGAGCGGGGUGAGUUCAGGAGGUGGAGAUGGAUAUCCAAAGUUAUUGAGGAUGUUUCACGAGUUUUUUGCCAAGAUCUCGGUGUAUACAGAUGUACAGUAUACGGCGGCGCAUCAGAGUGCCGAGACGGUGAUUGCGAUCAAGAGUCUGGGGCGCCUGGAAGCUGGGUAUGUUGACAAGUGUACCGCGAGGGUGGGUGAGAUUUUGUCAGAGGUCUCCACACCGGCUAGUGGCGGCGGUGGCAGACGCGUGGUGGUGGGCGAGCAAGAGGCCGAAGGGGUGGUACGAUUGAUGGCCAAUGCUUUGGAUACGACGCGCUUUGAUCCGCUGCUCUCUCGAGCGGUGCUGGUCAGGUGUACGGGAUUAGUGGACCAGUUCGUAUCGCAAAUAGGUGCGGUAGUGGACGACGACGAAGAUGCAUGGACGUUGAGUGCGGAUGCUGGUCGGGCGACGCAGGCGCAGGUGUGGAAUGCUGGGCUUGUUCGUUUUGCAUACGCACUUUCGCAGGGGCUUGCCGGUGUGGCUGCCGACCAGCAAGGGUCGAGUCAGCCAACCAUUACCAUUUCCACCCCUACAUCCAGCUAUGCCGCGACCGAACUGAACCGGUGUGCACAAGCCAUCGCUGCAAGCACACGCACCUCGCUGCUCGGCCCGCUUCUCGGCCGGGUGCGAUCGAGCAUCUCCACAACGAUGAGCAAGAUGCACGUCCAACUAGCCUCGACCCGUACCUCGUCGGCGCCAAGCAGAGGCAAAGCACGGCGAGGCGUUUCGAUCGACUCGACCACGGGAGCGUCUGCGUACGCGUUAGGGAUCUGCGAAAUGCUCAGCUACUUGCGCACGCGGCUGCUUCCGCUGUACGCCAUCGAGGUGCGCGCCGCGGUGGCGGAUGUGAUCACGCGAUGGGUUGUGGAGCAGUUCUGUCUGCACGCGGCCAUUUUUCCGUUCUCGAAAGACGACGAGGCGGACACGAUCAAACUGCACAUGGCGACGGAUAUGACCGAGCUCGAACUGGGCUUAUCGCAGCUCGUCGAGACACGAGCAUCGUCUGCGACAGCGUGGGUGCAAGACGAGCAGGAAGCCAUGCUGGCGAUAGGGACGGAUGCGAUGAAGUGCAUGAAAGCGUUCCGUCGCUUCCUUUUCCUAUCGCUCGACGAGAUCGAGCAAGAAGCCAAGGCGAAUCGGCUCGACGCCAUACCCACGCCCAUCGUGGUACUGUACCUGCUGUCGCGCGAUUCCUCCGCAUCCGCCGAAGUGGUCGACACGCUAGCUUCCACACAAGACGCAACCAAGCUCAAAGACUUUGCAACGUGGAUGCUCGAGAGCGCGCAUUUACAAAACCAGCCGAAAUCGAUCUUGGCUCAAAUCCAAGCUGUUGCAGUCCAACACAUGCGUUGCGAACAGGCGAGCCGCAUCAUCACCAGCUUAUCUGGUGCUUUGCCUGAAUCACAAACGUGA